AUGUCUCACCCUGUGCAGAAGAGCGACAGCGAGUGGCAAGCCGUUUUGAACCCAGAGCAGUUCCGCGUCCUCCGACAAAAGGGCACCGAAGCACCGUUUAGCGGCGAAUUUGACAAGCACCACCCUUCCUCCGGCACCUACAACUGCGCCGCCUGCGAUGCGCCGCUCUACCGCGCAGACCAGAAGUUCAAGUCUGGUUGCGGCUGGCCUGCCUUCUUCGACACCGUUCCUGGAGCGGUCACGAGGCACUCUGAUAAGACUUUCGGCAUGGAGAGGAUAGAGAUUGUUUGCACAAAUUGUGGAGGGCAUCUGGGGCAUGUGUUCAAGGGUGAGGGCUAUCCCACACCGACGGACGAGAGGCACUGUGUCAAUUCGGUGUCGAUGAAGUUUAGCGAUCAGGAUCCUGUUGAGAAGGCGAAGGCAUGA